CGUCGUAAGCAACUACGCAUGCGUGCGUGGCAGUAACACGUGAAGGCAACAUGGGCGACAAAAUGCAAGUUGAACUAGACCGCUCACAGGUGAAAAAGGCUGUUUUAGCCUUGCAGGCAUACCUAAAAACCAAGUCGGCCGGCAAAAAGCUUUUCAAGGACGACUCUCAAAAGAUCAGUCUGCUCUUCACACUCUGGAGGAUCCCCAAGGAGGCUCAGACCAUACGGAUUCCAUUGCCUCAUGGCCAACGUACAGCCUCAGAAGAAGUUUGCCUAUUUACCAGAGAUGAGCCCCAAAUGACCGCAGAUCAAACUGAGAGGUUUUAUAAGAAGUUGAUGACAGAACGGGGGGUUAAAAAUGUCACUGAGAUAAUCCCCUUCAAGGUCCUGAAGACAGAGUACAAACCAUUUGAGGCUAAACGACGCCUAUUGGGGAAUUUUGAUAUGUUCCUCUCAGACGACCGCAUACGCCGCCGUCUGCCAUCUCAUAUCGGAAAGCACUUCUACGAAAGGAAAAAGGAGCCGCUUUCUGUGAACCUGCAGAGCAAAGAUCUGGCCAGAAACAUCCAGAAAUUGGUUCAGGGCACCAGUGUGAGGGUCAACAACAAGGGCUCUUGCUGUAUGGCGCGUGUUGGCCACAGCGGCAUGACUGCCGAUGAGUUGACGGAAAACAUUGAGGCGGCUGUCCAAACUGUGGCUGGAAAAAUACGCAUGAAGGGACCAGUGCUGAAGAUUGUCCACUUAAAAAGCGAAAAAUCAGUGGCCUUACCCAUCUAUACUUCAGACCUAAGUCACCUCAUCAUGCCCAAAACCGCAGAGGCUGAAAAGCAGCCUGAAAAAACACCGAAAGACACAAAACAAACCUCUGCAGAGGAUGGGGAAGAGAAGGCAAAGAAAAGGAAGGUAGAGGAGGAGGAGGAGAAUGAUGACGACGACGACGACGAAGAAGAAGAAAAGGAAGAUGAUGAAGAAAUUCCCCAGCUAGUCCCCAUAGUGACAGAGGGCAAAAAGCCUCAACUGCAGCGGAAGAAGACCAGGUCUGCAGAGAAGAAACAUUCAAGCAUACUGCUCAAAAUGACCAAGAAAGCGACUACACCCAAAGGAAAAGGAAAAGUACCUAAAGUCAAAUGAUUUUAUUUUGGGACGCUACUCACUCACUAUUUUGUAAGAUUUUCAAUAUAUUUAACCUGUCGCAUCUCGUCUUUGUGAGACUGAAGUAUGUUCAAUUGGCGGUCAAGUUUGUAUCCAAACACUUUCUAAGAAUAAAAUACCUUUACUGAUCUUGCACAA